CGGGGGGGCUCGGGGUGGGGAGGGCGCGGCGAAGCCUGCUUUUGCCACAGCCCCUUUCGCGGGCCGGUGACCCCGGGCCGUGUCAGGGCCCCUCGCUGGCCGCCCUGCCCUGCCUGAGGCCUGGCCGCCGUCUGGAAACUUUGGGCGUGCGGGAGUAGUUUUACACAAGUCUGUCGCCUCAGAAGUUGUCGGUCCUUUCCCCGCCUGCCCGCAGCGCUGCCGUUACCAAUAAUAAUGCGUUACCACCGCGUUGCCCAAGGUAUACAGCAUGGCCCAAACAGAGAAGAAAGGUGGGCUGCUCCGGAAAUCUUCAGCCUCCAAGAAGCCAUUGAAGGAGAAAGUUGUGUUGAUGUAUGAUGAGAUUUUCACGACAGAGGACCCCAGUAAAUGCAACCCUAGGUUUUGGGAGGAGCUGUUUCUCAUGAAGGUCAACUUGGAAUACCUAGAAGGCAAGCUGGAGGCUCUGGAUGGGGAAGAGUUAAUGAAGAUAAAAGAUAACAUCAACUGCUUGUUUCAGCACUGCAUCCAGGCCCUGGGUGAGGAGCACCCAAUCAGAGUGGUCAAUGCAUUACAGACUUUGUGUGCAUUGAUUCGGGGUGUCCAUCAGAAGAACAAAUCCACUUCUGGGUUUGACAUCAUCAACAUGCUUGUGGGUUUUGAUAAGGCAGAGCUAUGUAUGAAGAAUCUGAUGGAGAGCUUGGACUCGCUCCUCUGUGCAGAAGGUUCUGAAAGUCUCAAAAGCUUGUGUCUGAAGCUACUUCUCUGUUUGGUGACGGUGACAGAUAACAUUAGCCAGAACACCAUCCUGGAGUAUGUGAUGAUUAACAGCAUAUUUGAAGCUAUUUUGCAGAUCCUGUCCAGCCCACUUAGUCGCAGGGAACAUGGCUAUGAUGCUGUUGUCCUUCUUGCCUUGCUGGUCAACUACAGAAAGUAUGAGUCAGUGAAUCCCUACAUUGUGAAGCUCUCCAUCGUAGAUGAUGAGGCCACGCUCAAUGGAAUGGGACUUGUAAUUGCCCAGGCUUUAUCGGAAUAUAACAGGCAAUACAAAGAUAAGGAAGAGGAGCACCAGAGUGGUUUCUUCUCAGCCCUAACUAACAUGGUGGGCAGCAUGUUCAUAGCAGAUGCUGAUGAGAAGAUCUCAGUCCAAACGAAUGAAGCAAUCCUUCUGGCUCUCUAUGAAGCUGUUCACUUAAACCGGAAUUUCAUCACAGUUCUGGCACAAAGCCAUCCUGAAAUGGGGCUGAUGACAACACCAACAAGCCCAAUUCCAACGACGCCUGUCACUCCACUUGGAACUACCCCGCCUUCUUCAGAUGUUAUAAGCUCUGCAGAGCUGCCUUUGGAUGCUGAUGUGCAAACUAGCAACCUGCUAAUAACCUUCUUGAAGUACAGCUCGAUUGUGAUGCAGGACACAAAAGAUGAGCACCGACUACACAGUGGCAAGCUGUGUCUGAUUAUCCUGACAUGCAUAGCAGAGGAUCAGUAUGCUAAUGCUUUUCUCCAUGAUGACAACAUGAAUUUUCGAGUAAACCUACACAGGAUGCCAAUGAGACAUAGGAAGAAAGCAGCAGACAAGAACCUGUCCUGUCGCCCGCUGGUGUGUGCGGUGCUUGAUUUGAUGGUGGAGUUCAUUGUAACACACAUGAUGAAAGAAUUUCCUAUGGAUCUCUAUGUACGGUGCAUUCAGAUUGUGCACAAGCUGCUGUGCUACCAGAAGAAAUGCAGAGUGAGGCUUCAUUACACCUGGAGGGAGCUCUGGUCAGCUUUGAUCAACUUGUUGAAGUUCCUCAUGUCUAAUGAGACUGUGUUGCUGGCCAAGCACAACAUCUUCACUCUUGCUCUUAUGGUUGUGAACCUGUUCAACAUGUUCAUCACUUAUGGAGACACCUUUCUCCCCACUCCCAGCAGCUAUGAUGAGCUGUAUUAUGAAAUCAUUCGGAUGCAUCAGAAUUUUGACAACCUUUAUUCUAUGGUUCUAAGGCUGUCUACCAACGCUGGUCAAUGGAAAGAGCCUGCAAGCAAGGUGACCCAUGCGUUAGUCAAUAUUAGAGCCAUCAUCAAUCACUUCAACCCGAAGAUAGAGUCUUACGCUGCAGUGAAUCACAUAUCACAGCUUUCUGAGGAUCAGGUUUUGGAAGUGGUACGGUCCAACUACGACACACUGACCCUGAAACUGCAGGACGGACUGGACCAGUAUGAGCGCUACUCAGAGCAGCAUAAAGAGGCUGCCUUCUUCAAAGAGCUGGUUCGGUCCAUCAGCAUCAACGUGAGGAAGAACCUUGCUUUCAACACUCUGAGCCAGGAACUGCUGCUGAAGGAAUUCUCUACGAUCUCUUGAAGCAGGGACGCAGCCGCUGCGCAGGGCUGACCAGAGACGGGCCUGUCUGGGCAGGGACACUACAGAUCUGCAGCCGGUUGUCCCUUGCCUUCCUCCUGCAGAAGGGACUGCAUUUCUUCUAGGGGAGAGCCUUGCUGCUGUGUGUUUGAUCCCAAAGGCAUGUGUUUCAACAGGACUGGGGCUGAGGAGAGAUGAUCGGCAUGUUGAGGAGGAGGAGGAAGCAAUUUUGUAAGGUGCCAUGGGGGUGGGCAGCUGUUCCUGUGACAUAGCAAUGGGAGAUUCCCUCCACAGCCUCAGGGAAGAUGCACUGGAAACCUUUGUAGCAGAGCUGGGGAGAGCUCACAACCAAAAUAAUAAAACCAGUCCAGCUGUG